UUUUGUAUCAAUUUAAUGGAAUACUAUCCUCGGUGCGGGAGUUCGUCGAUAAAAACGAAGAUAAAUAUAUCGCGCAAGAAUGUUUCUGGUUUCUAUAUCGUGCGUGUGACGUUGCCAGCUAAUCGUGUAGGCAUGGAAGAUGAACGUGGAAGAGACACGGGAAUACACGAACAUUCACCAAAAUCAUGGGUGGAGCUGAAUCCUGUUCCGGACAGGAUAACACCGUUACCAUUCAGCAGUGGCGGAGAGGAAUAUUUGCGACUUCUGAGAGAAGCGCAAAGAGAUUCUCUUCCCUCGUCUGCUAGACAUUCUUUGGCAUCUUCCCGUCGAGGCACACCAAGAGAUAGCCCGAAGAGUCCUCCGAAUAGCCCCAACACGGAACUAUCUACCGAAGAUGAGCUUAAAGGAGUCUAUAUAAAUUACUGCUGCAACAAGGAAACCGAGCUGUUGGAAAAGAACACCGAUUGGAUUUACGAGUGGAGCUCGCGUCCAGAUCAAAUGCCCCCGAAAGACUGGAGGUUCAAGCAUCCUCAGGGUUUGAACAAAAGAAAAUCUUAUAGCAUUCGUACGACGAAAGUGGGCAAGAUUGGGCUAUUCUCGAAAGAGGUCCUUUAUACUCUUUUUAUCACGAACAUUCUCUCUGUCUUGGUUGGAGCUGGCCUGGGGGUCUGGUUGUCCAGGCGAGGAUCGAUAACGUCCAGCGUAACCAUCGAGUGAAGAAAAAUAAUGGCCAGGUACGCAAAAAUGAGGAUUGCUGCGCUAGAGUUUCCGAGAAAACCGAGUUAUGGAUUGUCGAGCCGCUAGAAAGACUGAAAAGCCAAGAAAAAUAAAAAAAAAAAAAAAAAAAAAUAAAAAUGGGUCGAUUAAGCC